UGGCCGGUGCGGUUUUAGGAGCCCUUGCUCACCCCCCCUUCAAAUACCCAUCUUGAAUUUGAAGAAGACAGCAACAAGGGAAAGAAAGCAAAACACCAUGAAUUGAAACCUCGUACCAGAAGCAAAGAACCGGAGUUCUUCAUGUUCAUCAGAUUCAGAACACCCAUGUUCCAUUUCUCUCGGAAAGCCCUGCUCCACGUCAGGGUUCUUCAACUUCCGCCGCAAGCCGAUGCCCUCCGUCUGCUGCUCAGAUUUUCCUCUACCUCCUCGAAGUCGCCAUCGUUCACGGUCUCCUACCUCGUCAACUCCUGUGGGUUGUCCCCGGAAUCGGCUCUCUCCGCUUCCAAGCUCGUCAAGUUCGAGACCCCUUCGAGACCGGACGCGGUCAUCGGCGUCUUCAAGGACCGAGGCUUCACUCCAGCUCAAAUCUCGCACAUUGUCAGGAGAUUCCCCGCGUCGCUUUCGUUGGACCCAGAUAAGACCCUCUUGCCAAAACUCCAUUAUUUUGGCUCGAGUGGGUUUUCCGACCUCGAAUUAGCCAAGCUCGUGGUUGCCGUCCCGAAGAUUUUGCGCAGGAGCCUGGAGCAGCAUUUGGUACCCACUUUUCAUUACAUCAGUAAUUUGUUGCAAUCCGAUGAAAAGGCCGUCGCAGCCAUCGGACGUGCUCCGCGACUGUUAUACGAUGAUCCUCAAGCUGAACUUGUUCCUGAAAUCACGACUUUGAGGAGUGCCGGAGUGCCUGAAGAGAACAUCAGGCAUUUAGUCUUGUACCACGGGCAAAUUUUUUGGUGUCGGUCCUUGCAAUUUGAUGAGACCAUGAAUAGGGUGAAAGCAAUGGGUUUUGACCCUUCCAAACUGAUCUUUGUCGCGGCUCUGCACGUGAUUAUGGGCAUGAGCGAGUCGAUGUGGAGGAGGAAAAUCGGUGUGUAUGGCAAGUGGGGUUGGUCCGAGGAGGUGGUUGUUUUAGCUUUUAGGAAGUAUCCAUUGUGUAUGGCAUUGUCGGAGAGCAAAAUUACUGCUGCAAUGGACCUCUUUGUCAAUGUGCUGGGGCUCGAUUCAUUGGUUAUUUCUCAACGUCCGUUAGCCUUAAUGUAUAGCUUAAGGAAGAGAAUUGUUCCUCGAGGAUCGGUCUAUCAAGUUCUGCUGUCUAAAGGUUUAAGUAAACCUUGUAGCCUGACUGCAUUGUUGACUGUUUCAGAGGAGAAGUUCCUGGAGAAGUUUGUGACUAGUAAUUUGGGUGAAGCACCGCAGUUGUUGGCUCUCUAUAAUGAGAAGAUGGGUCUUGCAUGCUAGUUUGGAAGUUUUGGUACUUGCUCAGGUUAAUCUAGGAUAGGAUGCUUGUGAAACCGAAGAAAAUCAUGCUCUUCUUUUUGUCUUUUUUUUUUUUGGUAAAGUCUUCUUUUUGUCUUUUGUCUACAUGCUACUUGAUAAAGGUAAAUUCUUCAUAUGUAGGCUAUUGUUUCAUCCCUGCAUGUUUAAUAUUUAAUUUUCUAUACUGAAACUGAAUUGAAACUUGAGGAAAAAUCAAUUGAUGAUGGCUUUUCCUUCUGCAAUUACUAAUUUCAUUCCUCUAAAUUCUCUAUGCCUAGCUGUGUUCCCCUGGUAAUUAUUAUUGCGUUGUGUCCCUGUAGUAACGGAACUUCUGGCCGUGCUCAAUACUAAGGUGCUGAUGUGACUCAAGGCAGCUCCUAAUGAAGUUUGGGGGAAUCAUGAUAAAAUGCUCUGAUUAGUAGUUUGUACUUUCAUAGUUAAUGGCAAAAGCUAUUUGUCUACAGUUUUGUCUAGACUCAAUAUGAAGUGGAGUGUUAUAGCAAUUAUGUUCAGCAAAUUAGAUUGGUAUCUUUUUGAAUGUUCUGUCAUGAUCUUUCAUGCAAAUUGAGACCGUGUGAGGUAAAAGGCGAUGUGUUUGAGCAAUCGGGGAUUUCAGUAUAAAUAAGGCAACAUAUGACUCGAGACAGAGGAGGAGAAUCAAUGUUAUGCAGAAAGUGCGGAUCUGUUUUAGCUUUAAAAGAGGAAUCCUUGGGGUAGGGAGUCAUCUGAGAGAGAGAUUGCAGACAAACUUGUUUGUCAACAUCCUUAUCAUUCAAUAGCCUAUAAGGAUGCUGUCCAAUGGUUUGGCUGGAGAGACUGUAGCUUGCUUAUAUCCGGCUGUUCCACACAAUUUACUGAAGAAGCUUGGUGACUGAUGAUUGGGAAAGGUCCUCACUCAUUGGAACUAUGCUGAGAAGCUGAGAAGAUGGGUCUUGCUUGCUUGAUCAGAACUCAAGGUACUUGGCGGGAAAACUGGAAUGUUCAUAAACAAAAAGGAAGAUUCUCCUUCUCUUGGUUAUAUUUUUGCUACUUGGUGAAGCUUUUUUCUUAAUUUAUUAACAUAUUCAUUUCACUCUGCUGGGUUUAAAAGUUUUUCCAAUCUUCAUUGCAAUUCUCUUUGCAGCUGUUUUAAUGUCAACCAUUCUAAAUUAUGAGGUGCAGUAAAUUACUCUAGUGAUCUUUACAUCUA